AUGGAGAACGCGUACGGCAAGCGCACCACGGACGCGUUCGCGUGGACGCUGAACAUCUCCACGUCCGUCGCGAUCGUCAUGGCGAACAAGCAGCUCAUGGGAACCGCGGGGCACGGGUUCGUGUUCGCCACGACGCUGUGCGGUCUGCACUUCGCGUGCACGUCCGGGAUUCGAUUCUUGGACGGGAAGAACGAGAACAACCGCGCGGACGGGUCCGCGAUGAUGGUGCCGCCGAGGGAGAUUUUCCUCUUCGUCGUCGUCGCGAUCGCGUCCAUCGUCGCGCUAAACUUUUCUCUGAUGCUGAACACGAUCGGGUUCUACCAAGUCUGCAAGCUGGCGCAGAUACCGACGAUGUGCCUCCUCGAGGCGAUCUUCCUCGGCAGGCAGUUCGGGAGGAAGACCAUACAGGCGAUCCUGAUCGUCCUCGUCGGCGUCGGCGUCGCGACGGUGUCGGACAUGGAGAUGAACUUCGCGGGCACUGUGGCGGCGUUGAUCGGCGUGUCGUGCACAUCCGCGCAACAGAUCGCGGUGUCGUACUUACAGAAGAAACACUCCGUCUCGUCCAACUUUCUCCUCGCCAAGACGAGCCCGUACAUGGCCGCCGCGAUGCUCGGCCUCGGCCCGUUCCUCGACCGGAUCGUCGUCAACGAGUGGGUCACGGAGUACGAGUGGACGGAGGGCGCAGUCGUGUUCUUGGCCGCGUCGUGCGCGCUCGCCGUGCUCGUGAACAUAUCGUCGUUCAUGUGCAUCGGACGGUUCAGCGCGGUGUCGUUUCAAGUCAUCGGGCACGUGAAGACGGUUCUGGUGUUUUUCUUCGGGUUCGUGUGCUUCUCCGCGCCGAUCACGCAUCGGAACAUUCUCGGGUGUUCCCUCGCGGUGAUGGGGAUGAUUUAUUACUCGAGAGUGCAGCUCGCGGAGAAGGCCCAGGCCGCCUCGAGGGGGGGGGCGCUGGGGGAGAAGGCGUGA